AAUCGUGUACAUCUAGUCUAGUGAUCUAUCUAGAUCUAGAUCUAGAAAUAAUCUAGAUGCAUGGUCAGAUUUGAGUUUGAGAUUACAAUCUAGACUACCUCCAGAAAGCUAGAAUAGAUCUACUAGACUAGAUAUCUAAAUCUAUCUCUAGGCUUAAAAAAAAUUAUAUCGUCUAGAUCUACAUCUAGACUCUAGUCUAGGUCUCUAGUAGACUCUAGCGGCAGUCUAGCCUCACUUUCAAAUCAAAAUUCAAAAUAUGUGGUAGAUCUAGUCAGUGCUGCCUCAGAGUCAGUUGGCAUCAGAUGAUCAGGCAUCAUUCAUGAACUUAAAGACUUAAAGGCAUUCCAGUAUGAGAUUAAGCCGCAUUGAAUCGAUUGAGGAUCAUUGGCAUCAUCAUGAUCAUGGCUAUCCACUAGUCACUGCGACUAGCACUGUUCACUGGACUGAUGUCACUCAGCUCAGUAGUCUGGCGUCCUCAGAUUAAGUUUAAGUUCUAGAUCUAAAUCUAGAUCUAGAUCUAAGUAUUCUAAGUCAUUAACUUUAAGUGACUAGUCACUAAGUUGACUAAGACGACUAAAUCCAUCUUGGGUUACUACAGUUCUUUUCUCAAAAGAUUGUUAUUGACAACUAUUUUACAGUGAAACAACUAACUUUGAAUACUACAUAAAGACUAUUGAUUUCUUUAGUUAAAGUUAACAUUUUCAAGCAAGAAACCUAACUUGAGUUUAAGAUAUAUGGGUUUGUGGUCACAAGCAUGAUUGAAUUUGGGAUCCUGCUGGAAUACUACGAACUAUUUUGUCAAAUGCUAGAAAGACUGCAAGCAUGGGCACUGAACCAUUGAUUCAGGAUAUAAAAAAAGAGUGGGAUGACAGUGUAGAGGAAUAUGAUAACUACAGUGUCGGGACUGAAGCACUAAAUGAAACCAUCAAAGAAGAAUUUGAUCACUUUAAGGAGAUUAAGCUGGAAUCACCUUUGCCCAGAAAUCGGAGAGCUUCAGAUGGCUAUUCAACAUCAACAACUAUUAGGACAGACAGUGAAGAUGAUUGUAAACCCCACUUAAACAGCUACGGAACAAGCAUCGCAUUGCUUUCAUCGUAUGUCUCUGAUGGUGGGAAUUCUGGUCAGGCAAAAAAGAAACAGAAGCUUCACAAUUGUGAGUUCUGUGAUAAAAUAUUUGUCACUAAGUGUGGUCUAAAAAAGCACCUGUUUCAGCACACCCUUGGAAAAUGCUUCAAAUGUGAUAGUUGUAAUAGGUCAUACUCUGGAAUGACAACUCUGAAAAACCACCUUGUUACACACAGGAUGCCAGAGUUGAAACCUUUCAGGUGUGUCUUGUGCAACAAGGCUUUCAGGGAUAAUAAAAUCUUAAAAAGCCACAUGUUUCUCCACAUUCUAGAUUCCCCUUUUAAAUGCCAGAUCUGCAAAAAGACAUUCUGCUCCACUAUAUCACUGAGGAGCCAUCACCUGCAGGUGCACAACGAGGCCAAACCUUUUAAGUGUGACAGAUGUGAUUUUUCCUUUAUUCAGAAGAGCAAGCUGGCAAGGCAUGUUUUAGUGCACUCUGAGGCAAAGCCAUACAAGUGUGACCUUUGCAAGAAGGAAUUUAGAGAGAAGAGGUCAUUACAAAACCAUACCAUCAACCAUCAGGAAGACAAGCCUUUCAAAUGCCACAUAUGUAGGAAAGGCUUCUCUGACAAAGUAACAGUGGCACGCCAUCUGGUUGUGCACUCCAAAGAGAGGCCCUACAAGUGUGAUCAGUGUGAUAAGACGUUUAGUGUGAAAAGUCGGUUGACUCAUCAUAAACUUCUUCAUUCCGAUGAACUUCCCUAUGAGUGUGACAUUUGCUGUAAGAUGUUCAAAGUGAAAAAAUACUUAAGGAGACACCAGGCCAAGCACAAAGCAAACAAGAACAAGUCCUAGAUGGUAAUUUAUUUUUAUUUCUUGUAUAAACAUACACAUUUGGCUAAAAUUAUUUUCAGAUUACAUGUAUCUUGGUUAACCCAAUAGCUCCUUUUUCCUGUUCAGGAUUAAAUCUUUUCCAUACCCUACCCUAUGCCAUGAGGGGUAACUAAAAAAAAUCAUAAAAAUUAAAUUUUUUGAAAAUAUAUAAAAAUUAUAGAUCUUAUUCUAAUAAUAAAAAAAAACAACUUUAAAAAAAAUAGUACAAUAUUAAAAUACUUUUAGAAUAUAAAAAGCUUCAUAAAUACUGUUUUCCAGGUGGGGGCUUAUACACUUGAGGGCUAUGGGCCUGUUCGUUCGUAAAAUUCUAGCAAGAAGGCUUCCCAAUUUUACUAAAAAUAGAAUUGGUAGUCUCUGAAAUCAUUUGUAAUCACUCUUGCAAAGAGACUAAAAUUCUUCUAUUUAAAAGUUUAAAGCAAGCAUAUAAUAUUGAUAAAUGGGUUUUAGAAAUUUUCUACAAUAGUUUAGAACUAAAACGAGAGUUGUUCCCGACUGCAGAAGGAGCAAAUGGGUUAACACAAUUUUUUAACCUGCAUAUUGUUGAAAAAUACUACUGGCUGUUACUUAAGAGAAUUUUUUUUGUAGCCACUGCAAAAUUUAGCAUUUUGUUUAAGAGGAUUUUGUUCAUUGUGCAACCAUGCACUGAUGGUAUCAGUAUUAUAUAUUUACAUUCUUUUAUUAUGAGAAUUUUAAUUUGUUCAUUGAAAUUGCUAUAUAAUUUAAUUUGAUGAUCUCAGUUUGGGCCCUCAAAGAGAUAUGAUUGUUUCUGUGAACAAUCUUUCUUUUCUUUGUUUCUCUGCGCUUUUUAUUUUUACUUUUAAAAGCAGCCUAAGACUAGAACAUUUUCAGUUUAUUGGGUGUGUGUUUUUUUUUGGUACUUUGAUUCUUUCUUUUGGAAAACAGAUUGAGCUUUCAACAAUUUUAUUUUAGGACUGACUAAUAUUAAUACAUCAAAUUAACUCAUUCCAUACGUUAGAUUUUGUCAAUGCAAUGGAGCCAAAAAACAACUGGUUUAAAGAAUUUCUAGUGAUAGUAUUGUAUGUUCUCAUAUAGAAUCAAUUUUUUAGUUUCUAUGGCAAGUAGCAUAUCUAAGUUUUUGUCAUUGAAUGAGGAAUGUUAUACUGUAAACAUUAAUAAGAUAAUUACAAAAAUAAAAAAAAUUAUUAAACUUCAAGUACAACACUGGAAAAACAUAUUUAAAAAAAAAAAAUUAAAGCUCAACUUACUAUUAUGGAAAUCCAUAAAUAUUAAUCCAAAUAAGCUGAUUUGUACACAAUUUAUACCAAAAUGUUUUUAAGAAAGUAGGAAAGUUUCAUUGAAAUAGCACAAUAAAUUUUAAAAAGUUAAGAAUUUCUUUGUCCACACACUUGAAAUAUUUUUUUUUAUACAUUUUCUAUGGAAAACUGAACUUUUUACACCAUAAACACAAAAUGAAAGAAAAACAUUGUUCAGCAAAGUUAUUGAGCUUCAUGAAAGGAUUUAAAGCAUCUUUUAUAUAUAUAUAUAUUCCAAUUUUUAUCAGCACUGCCAUAAACUUGUACAACUCACUUCUAGUAACAUCAGUCCAUCGUCCGAACACCUUGACAGUAUUGUGAUUUUAUAGAGGUGCUAAAGCUGUUACACUUUUAGACUUUUUACACUCAGUACUUGAAUGCAUUUAGUGAAAAUUCUAGUAACAGUUGACUCAGUCAUAUUUAAUAGGAAAAAAAGUACACUGUUUGUUAAGCCCAUGCCUAAGUUUGAUCAGCAGUAAAAAAAAGUUUAUUCUUAGCAUCUAACAAUAUAAUAUUCUGUCCUCCAAACAGCUGCUUGGACCAGUUUAAUAUGGUGUCAAACUAUAUACAUGUUAAGCUUGUAUUUCUAUUGAAGGCUUUAUCUCCUUUUAGUAGUAAAGACUUAAAGCACAAUUUUAAUUGAACAACUUCUUUCAGAAGGCUAGUAUUACUUGCUUCCAAAUUAUUUACUCUCUUAAAAUGAUCUGUAAUGAAGUCUACCAGGACACAGUCUCCAGGCUCCAACUUCUCUAUCAGUCCACUUCUUAAAGUAAUUUCUUUAGCUGAUAUAGAGCCAUUAUACAGAUCAGAGAUAAAUGAAAUCCCCCCACUAGGUGUAAUGCCAAUUAGUGCCUUUACAGUAUUGUGAUUCUUAUAUGUACUAAAGCUGUUACACUUUUAUUAGACUAUUCACACUCCGUACUUGAAUGCAUUUAGUGAAAAUUCUAGUAACAGUUGACUCAGUCAUAUUUAAUAGGAAAAAAAGUACACUGUUUGUUAAGCCCAUGCCUAAGUUUGAUCAGCAGUAAAAAAAAGUUUAUUCUUAGCAUCUAACAAUAUAAUAUUCUGUCCUCCAAACAGCUGCUUGGACCAGUUUAAUAUGGUGUCAAACUAUAUGAUACAUGUUAAGCUUGUAUAUCUAUUGAAGGCUUUAUCUCCUUUUAGUAGUAAAGACUUAAAGCACAAUUUUAAUUGAACAACUUCUUUCAGAAGGCUAGUAUUACUUGCUUCCAAAUUAUUUACUCUCUUAAAAUGAUCUGUAAUGAAGUCUACCAGGACACAGUCUCCAGGCUCCAACUUCUCUAUCAGUCCACUUCUUAAAGUAAUUUCUUUAGCUGAUAUAGAGCCAUUAUACAGAUCAGAGAUAAAUGAAAUCCCCCCACUAGGUGUAAUGCCAAUUAGUGCCUUUACAGUAUUGUGAUUCUUAUAUGUACUAAAGCUGUUACACUUUUAUUAGACUAUUCACACUCCGUACUUGAAUGCAUUUAGUGAAAAUUCUAGUAACAGUUGACUCAGUUAUAUUUAAUAGAAAAGAGUACAUUGUUAGUUAAGCCAUGCCUAAGUUUGAACAGUAGUUAUUUAUUAGCGUCUUACAAUAUUCUGUCCUCCAAACAGCUGCUUGGACGAAAAAGGUUUCAUAUAGUGUCAAACUAUACAUGUGAAGCCUGUAUUACUUUUGAAGGCUUUAGAAAAAAUAGAUCAUGCACAGACCAAAUAGUUAUCCUAUGUUUCAAAGUAAAACAAUCACUGGAAUACUUAGCCUAAAAUUACUCAGCUUAGAUUUUUGUCAUAUAUUACACUAGCUUUUGCAUCUCUAAUCUUCUUUGUCUUACGAAAUGUUCGUUCUGCAUGUCGUAGAAUUGAAAAAAAAAAGUUUUUUUUUAGCCUUUCAAGUUCAGCAUAGCUUGUACAUUACAAAAAAGUUUUUUUUUUUCAAAUAUGCUAAUUAGGUUUCCAAGAUGGCCGCCUUGAAGAUAAAAUAUAGUAACUUUUUGCCGUAUUAUAACUUAUUGAAAUAUUAAUACAUAGUCAUAAAAAGUGGCACAAUUAUAGUGUAAAGACAGACAAGGAGAAUGAACUUUAAAGUAACUAAUUAUCUUUAAAAAUAAAAAAGCUACAAUUUUUAAAAUUUUGACCCAAAAAAAUGCAUUUUUUCCACGCUAGUCAUUAAAGUUUUUUUUAAAAAAGUAAUUAUCAUUAAUUUAUAAAAUAUAAAGAGUUCAUUCCCAAGAAACAUAUAUACACAACAAACAAAGUUUGAACUAAAUUGAACAAAAAAUAACAAAGAUAUCAUCCGGCGAAGUUGUUAAAGUAGUAAAAAAAAAGAAAAUUGAAAAAAACCAAAAUAAAUUUAAAAAACUUCAGAAAGUGUUGAUAAUCCUUCUAGUGGCCUCCUGGUGUAUAUAAAUCACCCUCUUACUCCUUGGCUUAAUCUACAAAUCCUUUUUUUAUUGCUCUAAAUUUAGAAGCGUUUUUCUUCGUUUCCUGGCCUUUUCUGUUGAUUGACUACUCAAUUUUUUUAUGCAUGUCAUCCUUUUUUUGCACAACUUCUCCGAAUAGUAUCCUCCAGCAAUACCUAGCUUUUCAUGGAGUUUUAAAAUAGAACUAGCUCCAUCAUUAAAAUGACUGAUAGCACUAUAUACAGAUUUCUCAAUUGUAGUUUUCUCCACAAAAUACUCCUUACUGCAUCUGUCCCAUAUAAGCUUAUUUAGGGACUCGUUGGCAUUUUGUGUCUUUCCAUGCAGACACCUAGACAGAAGCUUUUCAUCUGCAAGGUCAUUAAAAAUUGGCCUAAUGAACUCUACUACACUCCUUGGCAAUGAGUUUUUAUGUUUAUAACUUAAAGGAUCCUUCAAAUAGCCACACCAAUGUGGGUCACAGUGUUGGUGCUUUGGAUCAGUAUCAGAUGAAGUGACAUGGUCGAGUACUGAUUUUACUGCCAAAACCAUAGCCUGAAGAUUCCCUGUAUUCUACCUUAUUGCCAUGCCAUAAUAGUUUUGAAGAGUGUCAAUUUUUUUAUUUGUGAGGCGAACUUAUCCGCUUAGACCUUUCCCAUCUUCCAGCUUCAGACCCUUGUUUUGGGCUUGUUCCGCACCUUUUUUGCACAUGCCCUACACAUUCUAGUUUUUCAAUGUCUAUGCCACCAUAAGGGUUAGAUUCUAACACUUUUUUAAAAGAGGCAGAAUCUCCAUAGAAUCUCCUAAAUAUUUUACAUACUGGAGAUUUCUAGGUGGAAGAAUGGACCUAGAAAAUAUCCUAACACAUCCUACAGCUUCCAUAGCGCCAGAGCUGCCAGUGUGAUUUAUUUGUGGCGAGCUUUCCAAAUGUCAUAUAACUUGGAGUGCCUUUUUGGAUCUCCCAGCUUGUGCACUGCCUACAUGCAUUGGUAUCCAGGCAUUUUCUGGUCUCUGGUCUUUUUCUGACAACUCCAUGGUGACUGGAAUGGCCACGUCUUUGCCAAGUUCCAUCCACACUUACUCCACAUUUAGUGAUAUCACCUGUAACCCCAAUCUUAGGGUUAAGUUAGGGAUAACCUUUGAUACUGCACUUAGAACACUUAUUCCAUACUUUUAACUCUUUACAAUUCUUCUAGAAAUCCUGAAAUUUUAUUUCUGCCAAUAUGACUUUUGAAAUAUUGUAUUUAUUUAUUUAUUUUUUAGUGAAAUAGUGAUUAUUAUAUGUCAAUAGAAAGAUAAUUAAAUGCAGUUUUAUUUUAUGUCAUUGAAAGUUUGAUAUAACUGUUUACUUUGGUUUGGUAUUAAAUUAAUUAUGUAAUGACAUUUUUUUUUUGUAUAAAAAAAUCAUAAAUAUAAAAAACAUCAUAAAGAAAAAAAAACUCAGUAUGAAAGUAAAUUUAAAUCAUUUUUAUUUUGAAGAGAAUUCAUUUCUCUACAAAAGAAAAUAAAUUAAAUGUAAUUUGUAAAAAAAAAAAAAGUAGAAAAGUUAUGCAACAAAACGUUAAACAACAUUUUAAGGGAACUUAAUUAGAAAAAAAUGACAAUUUAAACAAAAAAUAAUUUCCAAAGGUAAAAUUCAUAGAAAAUAUUACAAAACCAGUUUCAUAGAGCAUACAUUUUAAAGUUAGACACAUGCAUACAAACUAAAGAGUAAAAAACUAUGAUUGGUGAUACUUAAGUAAGCAGUUACUUUUCCCAUGGAAACAGACAUAUGUAUCACAUUCCCCACAUUUAGUGCUGACUUUUCUUUCCACCCCCAAAGUUUGGUAGCACAAUUUACAGUUACGUCUGGUUUAUGAAAAUUCUGGGAUUAUAGAAUGGGUAGUUUUUUUUUGACUGUUUAACAUUUGAUGCAGUGGGAGCACUUUGGUACUUUUCUAUUUCUCCUAAUUCACGUGUUAGUUUUUCUGUAAAAUCAAGCUGUAAAUAACGGUUAGGUCUUUUAAGCUCUGGUAUGUCAGAAUGGGUUUUUCUCCAUUCUUGAAAAAGAAUGUAACUGUUUACCCUAGCAAUAUCUAUAAAAUGAAAGAAAAGAGUUUUCCAAUGCUUCUUAGUUUUUCUUAAAACAUUGUAUUUAUUAAUGAGUUGGUCACUUUUAUCAACCCCACCCAUAUACACAUUAUACUCUUUGAUAAUUGAAGGCUGUUUAACUAAUAAUUCCCUAUAUUCUCCAUUGAUUUUAGUUCUCCUUUUGUCAAAUGAAUAACCAUUAGCUGUCAUAAAAAUUGACAUAACAGAUCUACAGUUUUAUUAUCCCGCCAUUGAGUUGUCAAAAUCUCAUCAUCCCUAACCCAUCGCAUAUCUCCUCUAUUAGAAUUCUUCUCAAAUGUUUUUUACAUCUUUUAGAGCAUUAGGGAAUCUUUUUCUGUUUUAAUAUUGUGCCACAAGCACAUUUAAUAUACCUUUUAACAAUAGAUCUUUUAAAAGUUGAUAACUAGUGUAAAAAUUAUCAAAAAAUAUAACAUAUCCCUGGUUUAUAAUACUUUUAGAUAAACGCAUAACAACAUCAUAAGCCAUACCAAAACGAGAAGAUGGACUGUUGUCUUUGCCAACAUAGUUCUCAAAGUCAUAAGUAUAACCUGUAAGAGAAUCAGCUAGGGCCCAUAUUUUCAUCCCCCAUUUGGUUGGUUUGUCUUGUAUGUAUUGCCGAAAACCAUAUCUCCCUUUAUUUUGUACAUUCUCUCAUCAAUGGAAAGAUUUUGAUGAGGCUGGUAUAGUUUUUGACAUUUUUUAUGAAUGUAUUCAUACAAAAAACGAACUUUACUUAGUUUACCUUGAUGAUUCUGUUUCAAAAUUAGAUACUUUUAAAAAGGACAUGAUCUGAAGAAAUUUUUUUUAGUCAUAAAGCUUCGUGCCCAUAAAUCAUUGUAAAGUGAUAACCUACACCAAUACUUGGAAACAGAAGGUGCUUGAACAAUAGACAUAUACAUGAGCAAACCCAUAAAAGUAUUGAACUCAUCUACAGUUACAUCAUACCAUCCUUUAUAGACUGUUGGUUUGGUUGGACUGAAGUGGGCUACAUAUUUGUAUGUGUACAACACAAGCAUAUUGACAAGGUCCACGGUGAAGUAUAUUUAAAAACUUUCUAACUCCAGCCUUUGUCAGAAUCUCAUCAUUCAAAUGAACUCCUGGUUCUCUGGCUGGUCUAAAUUUUGGUGUUGGGGCUGGUGGUCCUUCAUCCACAUCAUGGUCAUUGUAUCCCUUAGGACUGGGCCUUCCAGGCUCGUUCGAUGGUCUGUAGGAACUCCUCCACCUCCAUGGCUGGCCCAUCACCGUCGAAGCGUCUGAUGUUCCACUCAGUUCUUGGCACAACUAUUACAGUCUGGGAUGGCUGCGUCCUUCCUGCUGCCUCGCCGUCCAUAGUACCCUAUCUACCUUUACUAACAACCAAACUAGAAAUUCCUACUUCCAACUAUAAACUUAAAACAACUGACCAGUCCCUAACAACCUACAACAAAAUAAAUCACUGCCCUAAAAACUCAUAAGAAACCUCACAAAACCUAAAGAAACCCUACCAUAAAGCCUAAAAAACCUAAACAAAACCUACUAGGAUCUACCAAAAAAAAACUAAAGAAAUCCUAACAAAACCUAACCCUAAGCAAAAUUAAUGUGCGUCUGAUCUCUCAAGCACAGAUCCCACUUCUGACACCAGUUUUCUGUUAGCAGGUCAGGAGGCACUAGACCUUUUUCUGCUAAACAGAUUUUAUUUAACUGGUAGGUUGGUGGUAACUCUACUGAGUGGGUCCGAUCUGUGCACUACGGUCUGCGACCAAAGGGCGGUGUCGGCCACCUUGCCUGUCACAUGCAUUUCUCAGGUAUACUUUAAUGGAAGAAAAUACUUCUUCGUCAGUGGUUGUUUUUAAGUUUUUGGUGUGUUGAACAGAAUCUAAAACAAAAAACAUGCCUGAGAAAUAUGUUAAAAAUGCACUGGUACAUCAAAGUAAAAAUUUUAAAAAUAAAUUUAAUUAUACAAUAACCUGUCUCCAGUCUU